AUGUUGAGUGUGGAGAUGUACCCCAGCUUGGGCCUGGGAACCCAGAGACACAGAGACUGCUACUACAGAGAACGUGAGGCUCCGCCCCACAUUCCUCUGUGCCCCGCACCCUGUGACAUGGCUGCCAGGGCCCUCGCCCCCCAACUUGCUGACCCCGCCCCCAGUCCCCCCAGCCAACCAAUCAGCAUGCCCCAAGACAACAUUAAGAUGGAGCUGGAAAACGCAUCGCUAUGGAAACAAUUCAGCUCUGUCGGCACAGAGAUGAUCAUCACCAAAAAGGGCAGACGGAUGUUCCCCCAGCUGAGGGUGAAAGCUCUCGGGUCCUGAACCCCUCCCCUGCGCUACAUCCUCCUCCUGGACAUCGUGCCGCUGGACAGCUCGCGCUAUCGUUUCCAGGGCGACAGCUGGCAGGUGGUGGGCGGGGCGGAGGCGCGCCUGCCAGACCGGGUGUUCAUCCACCCGGACUCCCCCGCCUCGGGCGCUCACUGGCAGAGCAGGACGGUGUCCUUCCACAACACCAAGCUGACCAACAACACGCUGGAUGCACACGGCCAGAUCAUCCUCCACUCCCUGCAUCGCUACCAGCCUCGGAUCCAUGUGGUGGAGGCCAGGGACGUGCACAGCUGGGCUGGGGGCCAGCGCUCCUUCCUGUUCCCCGAAACACACUUCCUCACCGUCACUGCCUACCAGAACCACAAGAUUACUGAGCUGAAGAUCAACUCCAACCCUUUUGCCAAAGGAUUCAGACAGGAUGGCAUGAACAACAAGAGGCAGAGAGACGCGAGGCAGAAACGCAAGCUGAGUCAGGUCAGCGACAUGCAGGACGGCGAGUCAGCUACCUCCCUUUCUCCCUCAGUGAGCUGUGGCCCCUGUGACUCUACCCAGACCCUGGCCUCUAACCCCUUAGACCUCCAGACCCUGACCCUGGCCUCCCUCCCCCUCCUCCCAAGCCCAUCCUGUGGGUUCUCCUCCAAUCAGAUCUCCUUCCAGGAGACCCCAACCCCAGACCCGCCCCUCCAAUUGGGACACGCCUACGUCUCAUCCCAGAUUGCUGACCUCACAGUGGACAUGGUCAAUGGGCAGCAAGAUGCAACAGGAAGUGAUCAUCAGCCAAGUGACAGCAUGAUUGACAGGUCCGGCAGCAUCAGUCUUCCCCAGUACACCCAGACCUACCCAGACACCCAGCAUGCCCCCACAGAGAUGGGCUCCUUCUCCCAGUUCCCCCCUGGCACCCACUACCUCCCAGAGAUGGUAUUGCAUCACCCAACCCUCCUGGAGACCUCUCUCUCCUCCUCCGCCCUCCCUGCCCUGUACCCCUCCUUCUCCUCCUACCCUCUGCGCUUGUACCAGGACCCGUGCCCCUCCUACUCUCUUCCUCUCAGACAUGUCUACAGGCAGCCGCAGCUUGGCCACACCCAGGGGUCCUACCUGGACAUGAGUGGGCGGGCCAUGUUCUGA